CGUAGUGUUGUUUCUCAAAAUUUUAACAUGUCUGCUACUAUCCAGACCAUUUGAUUAUUUUUAUUAUUUGAUAAAUCUGACCAUUCACGGCCUAAAACUAAUGGCGUUCGUGGGUCCUUUUUAGUACCGUAGGAAAUUUGGGAAACAACCCUUUUCCCAGUAAACGUUGUAAGUAGUAAUUUGUCAUUAUCUUAGGACUGCUUUUCGACCUUGAACAGGAUUUUCUCUCAAACGUACGCUUCAUGCAUUUAUUUUAGGAACCGCACAUUGUUUAAAGAAACGGGGCAUUAAAAGUGACGUUAAAAAAAACCCUGCUGGGAUGAAAGGUUUCAAAAUUUAAACAAAAUAGCGGCAAAAAUUACGUGCAUUACUUUCCAGUAAAACACUGUGUCUAUACUGACAAUAAACACAAUUCCCAGGUAGCUAUGCUGGCUUCGUGUCACGAAACGAGGAAAACGCUUCUUUUCUUAAUUACUCGUGAUUUCCUCGUGUUACUCGUGCUCUUUAGAACUAUUCUGCCUUCUCUUCGCAAACUGCACCUCUCUGAGUUUCAGCCGCUCUAUAUUUACCGAUAAUUUAACAAUGUCAGCUGAGGUGGAGAAUAUUUUGAAGUCAUUUUGGGAGUGGCGACUGAAGGAGAGUCCAGAAUUCGCGACUCAAAUUGGCGUUCACACUUACGACAAAAGCUUGGAUGAUCAUAGUUUGGACGCGUAUGCCAAGAGACAGGAUGAUUGCAGAGAUUUCAUAAAGCAGUUAAAAGCAGUCGCCAAAUCUGAACUUUCGAAGAGUGAUGCACUAAAUGUCAAGCUUCUUCAAAGGGAAAUCGAAAUGUAUUUGGAUGGCUCUAAGCAUAAAAGCUACCUGUUUCCUCUAGUAAAUUUGGAGGGACCUCAGUUAGAAUUGUCAAGGGUGGUUUCAAAGAUGAAGUUUGAGACCAGAGAAGACUAUGAAAAGUAUUUUUCAAGACUGGAAGCCUUUCCAACACAGGCUUCCGAACUUAUCGCUCUGCUUGAAGAAGGAGUAAAAACACACUAUGUACCUCCCCAUUUAACGGUGUCACAUGUUCCAGAGCAAAUCAAGAAAGUGUUGAAUGCAGAUAUUACAGGUGACAACCAUCUAUUCACUCCACUAAAAAGGUUUCCAGAAACAUUUUCAGAAGAGGAGAGGGAAUCAUUUAAAGAACGUGGUAUUAAGCUGAUAGAAGAAAAAGUAAAACCAGCAUUUAAAAAGAUCCACGAUUAUUAUCUUGACAAGUAUCUUCCUCAGACAAGGGAUUCCAUUUCAUGCACUAAUUUUCCAAAUGGAACUGAAUUUUAUAAACAGGCUCUAAAGUUUCACAUUGCUUGUGACAUGACACCGCAAGAAGUUCAUGAUCUGGGACAAAAUGAAGUCAAGAGAAUCAGGUCUAGAAUGGAUAAGAUUAUCAAGGAGGUGGGUUUUGAAGGCAAUUUGAAAGAAUUCCUCGAGAUGCUUAGAACUGAAAAGCGGUUUUAUUAUGACACAAAAGAAGAGCUGCUUAAUGGUUGUAAAGAUUUGUGUCAGAAGAUUAUCAAGCCGAAGCUGAAGGAUUAUUUUAAGGAAAUACCCAAGAGCCCGUUCGAGAUCAUUGAGAUACCAGCUGAAGCGGCCCUACUGAGUUCAGUAGCUUUCUAUAAUGGACCAUCUAAAGACGGCACGAGACCUGGGCAGUUUCUAGUAAACACUUAUAAACACAAUACAAGACCAAAGUACGAGAUGGUUUCUCUUGCUCUUCAUGAGGCUGAACCAGGUCAUCACUUACAGGUUGCGUUUGCAAUGGAGCAAGAGGGGCAGCCUUCUUUCAGGCGGCAUGUGGAGGACAGGAGGUACUAUGAAGUACCAGCUCGGUUUGCUUUCCACACUGCUUACAUGGAGGGCUGGGCCCUGUACUGUGAGCACCUUGGCGAGGAGAUGGGUUUGUAUAAAGAUCCCUAUGAUUUGUUUGGCCGAUUGUCAGCUGAGAUUCUGAGAGCGUGCAGAUUGGUAGUCGAUACAGGGAUGCACGCGUUUGGAUGGAGUCGGCAGCAGGCUGUAGACUUCAUGGCAGAAAAUACUGCAACUUCCCUUCACAGUGUGAACACAGAAAUUGAUCGUUACAUUAUCUGGCCUGGGCAGGCUUGUGCUUACAAGGUGGGAGAAAUCAAGAUAAAGGAACUGAGAAGGAAAGCGGAACAGAAACUGGGGGAUAAAUUUGAUAUCAAAGAUUAUCAUCACGUUCUUCUCUCGGCUGGACCAAUGGGCUUGGAUACGCUAGAAGAAGCUGUGGACGAGUACAUCGACAGCAUACUCGCACAGUGAACACAGGGAUUAUUGACUGCAGCUGCAUUGUCGGAGGACCAUAUCCCUAAAUUCAACAACAACAACAACAAGAACAACAACAACAUCUUUUAUUUAAACACGGCUAAUAUAGCUUAUGGAGCCGUGUAAAAAAUGUUAAUAAAAUAAUAAAAUAAAAUAUAAAAAGUAAAAUAAUAAAAUAAAAAUACAAGGAAUUUUA